AUGAUAUGUAAUGAUAAAACCCUACCAUUGUAAUUGGAUUCUACAAAGUAAGUGGAGUAUAUUCAGCUUAUUACUUGUUAAUCUAAUUCUUUAUCAAACUUAAACACAAAAAUAAAUAAUAUGAUUUAAAUAACAUUGGUGUAUAACUUAUAAUCAUAUUCGCAUACUAAACAUAUUCUGGAGAUAACCGAAUAAAGCUAAAUAAAUUAAUGUAAAUAAAUUGAAUCAAAUUCAUUCUUUUAGAAAAGGAAAGAAAAUUUAAAAUUUUGUAAAGGUAAAGGUUAUUAAAAUUUUGUAAACUGCAACAAUAAGUUGUAAUGAAGAGAUAAGGAACGGAUAUUGAUAUCUUGAUAUUUAUUAAUAUUAAAUUUUAGAAAAUCUUUUGAAG